AACUUUAUGGAUUCCCCACGGGAGGACCUGAGCCUCCCUGGAGUGUGGGUCUCUCUGUACUUUGGAUUCCUGGGGCUGUGUUCUGUCGUAACUGGUGGCUGCAUUCUCUUUCUGCACUGGAGGAAGAACUUGCGGCGAGAAGAACGUGCCCAGGAGUGGGUGGAUGUGAUGAGAACUGCCACAUUCACCUACAGCCCACUGUUGUAUUGGAUCAACAAGCGUCGACAGUAUGGCAUGAAUGCAGCCAUCAACAUGGGCCCACCCCCUGCUAUCACCAAGGCUGAGACUGAGGCCCAGAAUCCAGAUCUUCUGUGGGAGUUGGAUGUCCCUGAGGAUGGGAACCAUGCUGUUGAAGAUAGCAGCCCCAAAGCAGAGGCCCCUGUUGCCCUGCAACCUGCACUGCAGCUGAUGCCACAACAGCCCCUACCUACCACAAUGCUGCAGCCUCAGGCCAGCUCCCCACUCCCGAGUCCCAUCUUUGAGGAGGUGUCCUUUGGCCUUUCUCUGUGCAACCUACCCCCUAUGCUGAACCAUUCUGUCUCCUACCCUUUGGCUGUCUGUCCCGAGAGGAGCACCCACUUCCACUCCCUCCCCACAAUGGCCCAUGGUGACCAGCACACCAAUGCCAGGCCUUUCACUUCAGAAUUGUAG